ACGGAGUAUGAGCGCUUGCUGGGUCGUGGAGCGUAUCGUCGUCCCGGUGGAUGCGGAUCGGUAUGGGGUAGUGUUUGGGGGUGUGUCGAGCGGCGACCGUGGCGGGGUUGUGCGAGAGGCACAGGCUGCGGGCGAGUCGGUAGGGCCGUCGUCUUUGAAUGCGGGCGAGUCGGCAGGGCAGUCGUCUUUGAGUGCGGGCGAGUCGGCAGGGCACUCGUCUUUGAAUGCGGGCGAUUCGGCAGGGCAGUCGUCUUUGAAUGCUGGAACGGCAGUGGGUACCGUUGCAGAUGGAUCGGAAAUCAUUGCCUCAGUUGAAGACUGCAUCAUGGUUGAAAGGGCCCCAGCUUUCCGUGUGGUGGGCAAGAUAAGGGGGUUGUGGCAGUUGAUGGACCUGCCCUUGCAGGAGUACAUCUUUAGCUAAACGAAAGCAGUGUGUUGCAGCCGUUUGCUUCAUCGGUUUCUUUCCUGCUUCUGCGCUGUGGUUCUGCU